GUUACGGCUCAAAGUAUGGCCUUAAACGGGACUGGAGCGUUUUGGCGCUUGGACGUGGCGCGAGCUUGCGGCACGGCGCCAAAACGUCUCCAACCCCUAAAUACUGAAUCGGCGAAACUGAAUUAUCCUUAUCCGUAUUUGUUGGGGUUUUUUAAAAAAUUUUUUUCGUUUUUAGGCCUCUUCAACGGCUGCGCAAUCAUAAUUGGUGUUAUUAUCGGUUCUGGCAUUUUUAUCAGCCCAAAAGGUGUUUUAAUCCAUGCCGGCAGUCCACUCCUUUCAAUUGCCUUAUGGACAGGCUGCGGACUUUUUUCAAUGCUUGGUGCUCUUUGCUACGCAGAAUUGGGCACAAGGAUACCAAAAAGUGGUGGAGAUUAUGUUUAUAUUUCUGAGGCGUUUGGCCCUUUGCCUGCUUUUCUCUUCCUUUGGAUUGCACUUCUCAUAGUAAAUCCAACGUCAAAUGCUGUUAUUGCCUUAACUUUUGCUCAAUAUGUUCUCAAACCAUUUUUCCCUGCCUGUCCAGUGCCUGAGACUCCAGUUAGAAUAAUUGCAGCUGCUAUUAUAGUCCUUCUAACCUUUGUCAAUUGUGCCAACGUAAGGUGGUCUACUCGAACUCAGGAUUGGUCAACUAUUACAAAAAUUGUUGCUUUAGCUUUAAUUGUUGUUGCUGGUUUGGUAAACGUUAUUUUAGGAAAAUCAGAAACACUUAACCAAGAAACCCUACUUGAAGAUUCCAAUUUUUCUCCAGUUCACUUGGCAUUAGCUUUCUAUUCUGGGGUGUUUAGCUUUUCUGGAUGGAAUUAUCUUAAUUUUGUGACAGAAGAAAUUCGAGAACCGCACAAAAAUUUGCCUCGAGCAAUUUAUAUUUCUCUUCCAACUGUUACUUUAAUUUAUAUUCUCGUUAAUAUGGCCUAUUUUUCUGCUUUAUCUCCCCAUGAAAUUUUGGAAUCUGAUGCUGUGGCGGUUACUUUUGCAGCACGUGUAUUAGGCCCUUUAGCUGUACUUGUUCCUUUCUUUGUUGCAUGUUCGUGUGUUGGAAGCCUUAAUGGGAUAAUUUUCACUUCUUCCCGAAUGUUUUUUGCUGGUGCUCGUGAUGGACUUUUACCAGAAUUAUUAGCAAUGAUUAAUAUAGACUGUUUAACACCAACACCUUCACUUAUAUUUUUGGGUGCUUCUUCAAUUGCUAUGCUUGCUUUUGCUGAUGUUUAUGUUUUAAUAAAUUAUUUGGCAUUUGCUGAGUCUUCUGUAAUUACUUGUGCUGUUGCUGGAUUAAUUAGACUAAGACUUCAAGAUGCUAGAUCAAAGAAAAAGGAGACAGAAAGUGAUCAAUUGGAAAGCAAUGAAAAUAUUAUUCAGUUCCCACUGUUUGUCCCAGUAAUCUUCUUUUUAAUAUGUCUGUAUAUUUUGUUUGUGCCUUUACUCAUUCAACCAACCGAAUUGAUAGUGGCCAUUGGUAUUAUAGCUUCAGGAAUUCCAUUCUACUUUUUGUUUGUUAGAUGGCAUUGCAAACCUCAACUUUUUUAUAGACCUUGGAUUGAAAUUACAAGAUCAGCACAAAAAUUAUUGCUUUGUGUAACUGACGAGACAGCCUUAUCAACAUGA